AUGGGAAACCAAAGCAGUAAAAUCAGUGACCUGCUCUUACGAGCCCUCGACAAUCUUUCUCAGGAAGACUUGAAAAGAUUUAAAGACAAACUAUCACAUUCUGAUUUUGAGGGGAAACGUAACAUACCUCGAGGUCAGCUGGAGAAUGCUGACAGGAUAGAUAUGAAGAACCUCCUGAUGGAAUUCUAUGGUGGAGAUGCUGCAGUAGAUGUAACCAUAGAGGUUUUCACUCAGAUCAACCUCCGAGAUUCUGCUGCAAAACUCAGAGAAGAAAGAGAGAAGGAGUUUCAUCAGAGUCAAAAUCCAUCAGCGUUGUCGGCAAAAGGCUACAAGAAGAAAUAUAAAGAAGAUAUUAAAAAGAAAUACAAGCUAAUGAAAGAUAUGAACAGUCGUUUUGGUGACAAUAUGAUUCUAAACAGAAGAUACACAAACCUCACUAUUGUAGACAGACCUCGUCAGGCAAAGGAGAGAGAACAUGAAAUAAUGGCCGUGGGAUGGAGACAUGCAGAAGUCAUGACUGAACGAGCUAGUUCUGCAAUUACACUGGCCACCCUCUAUAAACCUGAUAAAGAUGGACAAACACCACAAGUCGUUGUGCUGCUGGGAGCUGCUGGGAUUGGGAAAACAAUGACUGCAAGAAAGAUAAUGUACGAUUGGGCAGCUGGGGAACUUUAUAAGAAGAAGUUUGAUUAUGUUUUCUACAUCAACUGCAGGGAAAUGAACCUUCUUAAUGAGCAAGGAAGUCUGGCUGACUUGAUUUUUAAAAAUUGGCUUAAUACAAAUGCACCAGUUAACCAUAUUCUGGUGAAUCCAGAAAAACUCCUGUUUAUAAUAGAUGGAUUUGAUGAACUGAGAUUUUCAUUUGAUCAGCCUAAAGAUAAUCUGUGCACUGAUCCCUGGGAGAAGAAGCCAAUGGAAAUCCUCCUGAGCAGUUUAUUUAGGAGAACAGUUGUUCCUGAAUCCUACCUGAUGAUCACUACAAGACCAGCUGCUCUGGAGAAACUCGGGCAAUGUUUGGAGUGUUCACGUUAUGCAGAGAUCCUGGGGUUUUCCGAAGCUGAGCGGGAGGAAUAUUUCCACAAGUUCUUUGGAAAUGAAAACCAAGCAAGACAAGCUUUACGAUUUGUGAAAGCAAAUGAAAUUCUUUUCACUAUGUGCUUUGUUCCCUUCAUAUGUUGGAUCAUCUGCACGGUUCUGAAACAACAGCUUGAAAAAGGUGAGAAUCUCACACAAACUUCAAAAACAGUCACUGGAGUGUAUAUGCUCUACCUUUCCAGUUUAGUUAAGCCUCUCAGCAACAAUACGAAGCAACACUUAUAUGGAAAUCUGAGGGGACUUUGCUCCUUGGCUGCUGAUGGAAUCUGGAAACAAAAGAUACUGUUUGAGGAAGAAGAAAUCAAGAAGUUUGGCUUAGAUCAAGAGAACUCUCUCCCCCUCUUUUUGAAUGAGAAUAUUUUUCAAAAAGAAACUGACUGUGAAUGUCUCUACAGCUUCAUUCACUUAAGCUUUCAGGAGUUUUUUGCAGCUUUGUUAUAUGUCCUGGAGGAAGAUGAAACAACAGAUUCAGGGAUUCCCAAGAAAGAUGUGAAAACGUUGUUAGAAAACUAUGGAAACUCUAAAAAUUAUUUAAUGUUAACAGUGCGAUUCCUGUUUGGGCUAUUAAAUGAAGAAAGAAUGAAAGAUCUGAAGGAAAAAUUUGGGUGUAAACUUUCACCUAAAAUUAAGGCAGAUUUACUGAAGUGGAUUCAAGCAAACCAACAAACAGAUUUAACCUUUCCCUAUGUUCAUGAGGGGAUUUAUCAAAGUUAUCAGCUUGAGUUGUUUCACUGUGUGUAUGAGAUGCAUGAAGAAGAUUUUGCCGUUAAUGCAUUGGAUCACUUCACUGCACUGAAGUUAAAUCAAUAUAAAUUUACCCAGAUGGAUCAAAGGGCUCUUUCAUUCUGUGUAAAGCAUUGUCAUAGUCUGGAGUCACUUUGUAUGUGUGACUGUGCAUUUAUCUUAGAAGACCACAAGGAAGAACUCCCAAGACGACAAAAGUGGCGACAUCAGAAAAACAGUCAGGAUAAGCCAAAGCAUUCACCUAUUUACCUGCUCUGUCAAGCACUGAAGGAUCCAAACUGUAAAUUAAAGAAACUACAGUUUUGUGAUUGCCAUUUGACAGCUGCUUCCUGUGAGGUUCUCUCCUCUAUUCUUGGUACCAAACAGACCUUGGUUGAGUUGCACCUGGCAGGAAACAGCCUGGGAGAAUCAGGAGUGAAGCUGCUGUGUGAGGGACUGAAGCAUGUGAACUGCAAACUGCAGAAACUGAAAUUGAAGGCUUGUAAACUCUCAGCUGCUUGUUGUGGGGAGCUCUCUUCCGCUCUCAGCAACAAGCAGUUGCUGACAGAUCUGGACCUGAGUGAUAAUCAACUGGGAGCCUUGGGAAUGCAGCUGCUGUGUGAAGGACUGAAACAGCCAAAUUGCAAACUGCAGAGACUAGUGUUGAGAUUUUGCGGUCUCACAGGCACUUGCUAUGGGGAUCUCUCCACUAUUCUCAGCACCAGCCAGAGCCUGACAGAGCUGGACCUCAGUUAUAAUUUUUCUCUGGGAGAGGUUGGAGUUCAGCUGCUGUGUGAGGGAUUGAAACAUCCAAACUGCAAAUUACAGAUACUGAGGCUGGAGUGGUGCAGACUCUCAGCUGUAUGUUGUGAGUUUCUCUCCUCUGCUCUCAGCACCAGCCAGGCCCUGGCAGAGCUGAACCUUUGGGGGACAAAGCUGGGAGAUUCAGGAGUGCAGGUGUUGUGUGAGGGACUGAGACAUCCCAACUGCAAACUGCAGAAAAUACUGUUGGGGAGUUGCAGCCUCACAGCUGCUUGCUGUGGGGAUCUCUCCACUAUUCUCAGCACCAGCCACAGCCUGACAGUGCUGGAACUGUUGGAUAACAAACUGGGGGAUUCAGGCGUGGAGCUGCUGUGUGAAGGACUGAAACAUCCGGACUGCAAACUGCAGAAACUAGUCACCAGCCAGACCCUGACCGAGCUUGGCGUAAGGUGGAACAACCUAGGAGAUUCAGGAGUGCAGCUGCUGUGUGAAGGAUUAAAACAUCCAAACUGCAAAUUACAGAUACUGGAACUGAGUGGUUGCCAUUUCACAGCUGCUUGUUGUGGGGAUCUCGCCUCUGCUCUCAGCACCAACCAGACACUGACAGAGCUGAUUUUGGGAGAGAAAACAAUGGACAAUUCAGGUGUAAAACAGUUGUGUGAAGGACUGAAACACCCAAACUGCAAACUGCAGAAACUGGGCUUGAGCAGUUUCAAUGUAAAUGAAGAAACACAGAGAGAGCUAGAUGCUGUGAAAAAGAGGAAACCUGAUAUGGUUAUACAUAUAUGGAAGAAUUGGAGAGCAGGAGCACCGACAUCGCUCUGGCCUGGCUGUCAGCCUGCUAGCUGGGACAGCAGCUAGAGACAGGACUUGCCUCUUUUAAGGCAUCUCUGGCAUCACCAAGGACUCCGGAUGCAUAUUCUCCUGCUGGUGUUAAGAGUGAGAACCUCACACUAUGGGGAAAAUACACUCCCGUUUUGUGAGCUUGUUGAAUUUACACAUUCAGCCUCCACAGGCGCAGGACUGGAAGAGACUGUCAGGGUUGUGAGAACCAAAGGCUUAUCAUGUGGAGCUGGUUGGGCUUUUAGGUUCACCCAUGGAUAUCUGCCCACAUCCUCAAGGUUGUAGGCCCAUGUUGCUUAUUGACAUAAAUGUUGUUUGGUUUCAGUUUUAUAAAUUGUAUUACAACUAUUACACCAACAAACUGUAUCACCAAAGUGAAGCUACUAAUCGUACUACGAAACUAAAUGAAGCACAAGAGCAAUGCAACUACUCAAACAAAAUCAAACCCCGAUUAAAUUAGUCUCAAUGUUGGAUCAAAACUAUGUCACCAAAUUAGUUACCUCAUCAGAUUAAUAAGAACUGAUUAUUUGUUGUAUUAAUCCUAAGAAGGGAUCUAAGAAGGAGACUGUUUUGGUUAUGCAUCCCAACUAAAGAAUUUUACCCAAUCAACCAAAUCUAUAACUUGGUGCUGGGUAACUAUCUUAAUACUGUAAGGAGUUUAUUAUUUAAUAUCCGAACCACAAGCUCAGAGCCAAUUACAAAGCUUCCUCCUGACAUUUCAGUGUUUGCUGGUGAACACUUUCCUCCCCUCACCCAGAGCUAUUGCAGGCUUUAAAAAAACCACACUCUGCUAAGCAGCAGUUUGACAUCUCUUAUUUAGCAAUUUACAGCUGACAGCUUUGUUUCUCAGGCCUCAAACACACACAGACAACAUACUAAAGCGAAUGUCUUUGAGACUGUUUUAGGGCUACUUCUACCCGGGGAUCUUUCUUUAAGGCGCCUUCCCGGUGUGGAUUCUACUGGCGCUCAUAUGCACAUGCUGCAUGUACAAACCCAGGCUCUCACACCAUCAGAUUAGAGAAUAAAAAGGGCUGUGACAUGUCCAAGUUAACAAAACCAAGGCAAAAAUGGAAAAAAGGGAAAAACAAGACAUUUAAGAUAAUGCCCAUGCUUGUGCUGGGACUUAUUAAACACAAAAAGUCUGCACACACUAAAAAAACUCUGACUGACAGAGCAGGAGGGGGGAACACUAACCCCCCUACCUUUUGGGCUUGAUCCUGCUACGACCGCGGGUAUAUUCACCUAUGCAAUUUUUAUAUAUUUUUUUCCAACAGAUGAGUAGGAGCACCGAGGACUGUAAUCUUCUCCCUAUUGCCCAGUAUCUCUAUGACCGGGGGUGUGCACAACUGAAUGAUCGAUCACUUUAUACGUAUGGUAUACCUUUUAGCAGUAUUUUCAACAAUCACGGUUCAUGUCUUCCCCCUUUCGCAGUUCUCCACCAACAAAUGUUAUGCUUAUAAGAUGCACAUGGGAUUUUUUUUUAGGGGAAAAGGCAAUAUGCCGCGGAUACUGGAGAUACAACAAGUAGCAUAUGCAUUUAAUUACACACAUAGAUACACUGUCCCGCUAAUCGAUGUUACAGUUACCAGUUCAGAGGCUGUCUCAGUCUAGAGGCCAGCUAGGUUGAUUAUGGGUAAGGAGGACCCGGGUUCUGUAGGUCACGACACGAGCUCUGGGGAAGUCUUGGCAGGAUGCACACAAAAUUUUAUGGCAAAGCACCCUGUUUAUCUAGUGAUUUUUGUUUUAUUGGAACCAAUUACUUUUUUACCAUUAUGCUCUAAUUAAUUGCUGUUUGACAAGGGCUUCUUUUUUAAAUUUUUUUUUUUAAAUUUUGUUUUGUAUUAGUUUUUUGGGGAGUUACCCCAUGCUGGUUUCGAUUAGUUAUUUUGUCUCGAUUGAGAGGUGCCUGCCUUAUUUUUUAGAGUUGUUAAUUUGUCCUUCUUUUUACAUGUUAAUAGGGGCGUGUGGCAAUUUUUUGGUAUCUUUACAUUGUUUGGGGUGUUUCUUUUAGAACAUUUGGUUUGGUGAUGGCCUUUACAUUAUUUUUUUACAUACACAUUUUUUAUUUACACAGAACAUUUGAACAGGAACAAUAAAUUGCAAUGCAGGAGAAAACCAUUAUUGCAUUCUUUUAUUAAUUUUAAAAUGCUCAUUUUAAACCUACAACAAAGUGGCGAACCCAAGGUCUAUUACUGCCUCGAAAUUAGCUUUAGACACAAGAUUCUGGCUGAUGCAAUUUUUA